AUUUUUUCCAGAAUAACAAGAUCAAGACCUGUCAAGUUUUAUGUAACAAAAUAAAAAAUUGUUGUCUAUCUUCCCUCUUCGCUCUAGUUUUCAAAAGUACAUAACAUUAUGUUCGGGCAGGUCGUGAAAAAGGCUUUAUUGCCAGCAGCUGCUGUAGUGGUGGAGUCCAAAAUCAAAACUGAAGUACAGAAAAACGACUGCUUUUGCAGACCUAGCGAAUUGCCCAUAUACACCUCGGACCCACCAAGAGUGGCCCCAUUAAAUGAGCCACAAGAACCCCCAAGUGCACUAGAAAAUGCUAUCCGAACAACCAGACAAACUAUUACCAAAUAUUCAGAUGAAAUUAGUGCUUAUAAAAGAGUGGCAGUAGAACAGUUUGAUAAAAGUAAAGAGAAUGUAGAAUGGCUAGUAGAUUAUCUGAGGGAAGAAGACAAUACAAUGCCAAAGGCAGGUGCUGUAGGUAUUGGAGCACUGACUGGUUUGAUUUUUGGAUUGCGUGGUGGGCUCUUCAAAAAAACACUCUAUGCUACCACUGGGGCUCUUGGCAUGGGAGCUGUCUGCUAUCCAAAACAAGCCACAGAGUACUCCCAAAUUGGGCUCACUGAAGGCAAGAAGUAUCUAACUAUUGCUUACAACUUUGUUUAUGGAGUGAAAAAAGACGACCCACCCUUGGAGCUGCCUACUCUGCCGAAGCUACCCUCCAGCUUCUCCGAGGCCUGGCGAACGGUCACCUCAUCCCUUACAUCGUUUGUUUCAGAUGGGGAGGAGCUACAGGCGCAAACGCAAGAUCAGGUAAUCGAAAACGAUCAGGGCGAGAGAGUGGGGGAUGCCCUGAGCGUGGUGCGAGAGUCGCGAGACGAAGCGCUAGCGAAGGGGUGCCAUUGCCCGAUUGGGGCUUGUUUGGGCCACUCGGAGGCGGAAGAGCGAGGUUCGGCUGAGGCGCAGUCGCAGACCGAAGCUGGUGGCGCUGCUUGAUUCGGAGUCGAAAAAAAAUCGAGAAAUCGUACAUUCUUUGAAAAAAUCUUCAGUGAAGACGACAAACUGAUGGGAGCUUAACAAAAUUGAUAUUGUAUAGUAACUUAGGUGCUCCAAAUAAAGGAUUUGUUGGUUUUUAAGCGAACUUUUAUUCAAAAAAUAAAACAACAGCUGUUAUAUCACAGCAGAUAUUUAGAAAUGAAUGAAACUCUUCUACAUACAACAAAAAUCUAGUUAUUUUUACACAUUUUUAUAACUUUAAGUUAUGAUCCUUAAUAGUAAUAAAUCAUCUGAAUGAAUAGCUGUACAGUGAGAAUUGAUUUUACAACAAAUCAAUGAUAAUAUAUAUUUGAACUCUGAUGGUUUAUAUUUUGGAAGUAUAUUCAGGCUUGGAGAACGAAAAAAAUAAUAGAGCAGGUGACAUUUUUUGAUAAAACGUGUAAGCAGCUAAAAUAACAAUAUUACUGCUUCAUAGUGUAUAUUAACAACUUUUUUUUUUCAUCCACAAGGCCAUAAAAUACUGAUGUGACCAUUUUUUUGUGCUCUGUUCCCUUUUCAUCAACAAUAGAAAAUUCAAUAUUUUAUAUUAUUUCAGUAUAUUCAUUCCUAAGGAACUGUAAAUAUGGCAUGAAUUAAAAACAGGGGGAACUAGAAUUUUAGAUAAUUCUGCUAAUGCUGGAAUCCUAUGGUAACCCCAUUUAAAUUCAAUCAUCACUCAACUGAUAGAACAACAAAAAUAUAAUUAUUCUAAAAAUAUAUUGGACUUAUUCUUGAUAAAAAGAGGUAAACCAUAAGUUUUGACACUAACCAAAAUAUGAAAAAAAAAAUUAAAAAAAUUGAAGCUUACAGUAUUCUGAAAGGAAUUUCCAAAUUUUGGGUUAAUAAUCCAAUACAGUUUGAUUAAAAUUUCUCCGUUCAAUAACAUGAGAGAUAAGAUCAUUGAAUAAUAUACAGGGUGUUUCAUGAGAAGGCUCACAUAGACAAAUGGUUGAUAGGGAAAAUCAAGACGAGUUGAUGUAUAUACAUAUAUGAAAACAUUUUUUGACCCUCCAUGACGAAGUUACAGGGUAUUAUGUGAAAUUGCUAUAUAACUUUGAUGGUCGAUAAAACAGAAAUGAUUCGUCGUAAUCUGCUAAAAUUUGACAGCGACGUAUCUCUACUGAAACUUCUCUAGAUAACAUAUUAUGAAAAAUAAUAUCCAGGUCCGGACUUGGGAAAAUUUUAUAUUUCAUUGUUAUGUCAAAAAUGUUCACUUUGUGACCACUUUUCACGAAAAAUUCCAUCAGAUUCAGAAAGAUCAGACAAAAUGCUAUAAGAACUGCUCUUUAAUUUAAACGGCACACUUUGACCGGUUCAAUAAAGGAACACCCUGUAUAUUUUUUAUCUCUUGGGGAAGGGAAUGUAUCGACUGUGUGUCAAAAAUAAGAGUUAAGGGGGGGGGGUGGAAAUCCAGUACACAAAAAAAAUAAAAGUUUGUAUCUUAUCAAGCUUUUGAUAAAGCAAAAAUAUGAAUAUUCCUGAAAAUCAGCAAAGAAAAGAAGCUAGAAAAAACAAAUAAAAUUGUAUAGAACAAUUUCCCCUAAUUCAGAAAAAAAGACAGCAUGUAGUAUGUACAGGGUGCGCCUCUUAAAAUGGACCCCCCCCCUUCACUUUUUUUUUCUUCAGAGAUAUGAAAAAAAUGUUGAAUGAAAAAAUUCUUUGAAACGACCCAAACUUUCAUUUCGUUAAAUCGUUUAAUAUACAGGGUCAUUAGUUUUUCCGGAAAAGACAUGAACUUCGAUUUUUUCAAUGGAACACUAUACAGGGUGAGUCAAUAAUGUGUUCUCCUUCGAUAUUAGCCAAACCGUCAGGUAUAUAAAAAAAAUUCGAAUAGAACAGUUAUAGAAUUUUAUGAGAGCUAUUACCUAAAAUUAUUUUCAUAUCUAUAGGAUGUUCGAACACCCUAUAGAUAUGAA